AAAAACCUGACCAUCAACUUGGUGAAAUAACAGAAACUGUUGAUUAUACCAAGCCACUGGAAAAGUCACAAAAGGGAAAUAACCAACCAAAGAAAACUGUGAAGUUCAGUGAUGAUCUAAGUGAAGGGGAUAUUCUAAUAAAGGACCCAACCUCAGAAUCAAAUCAGCUUCAAUCCAAAGUUGUAACACAGAGUGUUCAUGGAGUAUUGAAAGAAUACAGUAAAGAAGAUUUACACAUGACCAGGAUACUGCCAAUACAGAACUACCCAUAGACUUGUACACACAGUUAGAGAGGUCUGAUUCCCCAACCAACAGUGACACAUCAACUUUUGAUGCCGAUCUAGAUGAAAAUCUUAAAUUUAAAUUAGCGCUCAAAAGAGGUAGCGUUCAAGUUAGAGCCAAAGCAAAACUCCAAAAGGCUGACCAUCAUAUCGGUGACAGUGAUAGCGACUUUACUGAGACUGAGACAGAUAUUGAUGAUCCUGAAUCAGUUACUAAACAUGGGCAAGAUGAACAUUCAGCUCCAUUAGUAGAUAUAACUGAAGGCGAAGAUCGGCAAAUAUUGAGUUCUAACAAAUCAAAAGAACUUGAACAUACAACGCAUGGUAUCAUACACUUAAGAGACACUGAAACCCAGCCACAGCCAGGAAAGAGAAAUAACCAACGAAAGAAAAGUGUAAAGUUCAUUGAAGAUCUUAGUGAAGUGGAUGAUUCAAUAAAGGAGCCAACCUCAGAAUCCAAUCAGCGUCAGUCUAAAGUUGUAACACAGAGUGUGAAUGGAAUAAAAGUGAAAAAGAAAGAUUAUACAGCAAUCAAUGACCUUAAAGCAGGGGAAGAGAUAGACAUUGAAGCUGAUGCUCAGCGUGAUAAAAUCCCAACCCCUCCUGCUGGAAAACCAAAGAAACAAUUAAUUAGGAAAUCUAAGUAUUCCUCAAACAAAAACACAGAGAAACCAUUAAAACAAGAGAAGGGGAGAGAAAAUUCAUUGAAUAAAAGAAGUUCAAAAUCAGUCGAAGAGGAUUUAAGCAGUGACCAGGACGCUGAAACUACAGAGAUCCCCAUAGUCUCUUACCCGCAGUUAGGGAGACCUGAUUCUCCAACCACUAGUGAAACAUCAACCUUAGAUAGUGAUAUAGAAGAUAGUCUUAAAUUCAAAUUAGCACUCAAAAGAGGUAGUGUCCAACAUAGAUUACUACGCAAACCUAAACUCCAAAAGGCUUCCCCGUUGAAAAUCAAAGAAGUUGUCAUCAAGGAUAGAUUUCUCUCUGACGAGGAUUUUGGUGUUAAAUCAUCUGAUGAACAAUCUGAAAAAUCCAUUGAACAAUCUAUAGAAAAGAAACAAUCAAAACCAAGUGUCACAGAGAACGACAAAACUACAGAAUUCAAAAUGUCUGCCAGAUCAAGAAGUGCUUCCCCAUCAGGUAGAUCAAAAUCAAAGGACCCCAGUCCUCCAGUAGACUUACCACCUGAUGUAAUGACAGAGAAUAUUCCUAUCAUCGCAAAAUAUGAUACACCAGGGGGCCCUACAGGAGACCCCUUAGAAGAAGUUGCACAACAUUUGUUUAACAAGAUGAAUACAGCAAAUGAUGGCAAAUUGACACCCAAAGAAGUUGAAAUGUUCUUCAAGUGUCCCUCAAUGAAAGCAAUGUCCAAACAGGAUACAAAGAAACUUAGAAGUUUCAUAAAAUGGAAGAAAAAGUCCAUCCCUGUAGAGAACCUAGUUCCACUAGCAAGAGAGCUUAUGAGACUGCAAUAUAACAUACCAGGUGCUGUGGAAAUACUCUCUAAUGAAGAGGGUGAACUCUGUCAUUGGGUAGAAGUCCACCUCGGCAAACAUACCUUCUAUUUCAACAAACAGACAACAGAUGCUACGUACAAGAUGCCAGAGGAAUAUUUCUCCAGUCUUGAUACUACAUUAUUCUAUGAUGGGGUGCUGCAUCUUCUUAGGCUGGAACUGGAGGGCUCAGAAGAUGACAUGGAACUCCCCUUUGAAGAGUUGAUACGCAUGAUCCAAGGGGGACUGACCCUCUCUGACAAGGACCUGAAAGCCAUCCUGAAACAGUGCAAGAAAACUAAAGAAAACUCGAUGGCUCCUAAAGAAUUCAUCCCCUUUGUGAGAAGACAAAUCAUGGAAGCGUAUGAGAAUAAAAAAGCUAUGCCAACUGACUGGUGCCCCAUGGUUUCCCCACGAUAUGGGACAUUCUUCUACAACAAGAAGACGGGGCAGGUAUCCCAGAAUACACCCGAAGAACUGUUGAAACACCAUCAUUCAAUGGUCGACAGAAAGGAAACCAUAGCUGCUGGAUUAAAGAAAGCCUUAGAAGAAAAGGCUGAAGUUAUUGAAGAAUUGGAAAAUGAAAGGAAACUGAAACAGGAGCUGGAGGAAACCCUAGAAGACAUGCAGCUUCAAGCCAACAAGUUGAAUCGUGACAUGAACAAAAGUAAUUCCUCGCUGGAGAAGUCUCGCCAGGAGGGGCAGAAGAAAGAUGUCAACAUAGAGAAGUUAGAACGAGAUAAGACUGUCAUGGAACAGAAAAUCAAAGAUCUCGAGAUAAGAGCUAGUGAAGCAGAUAAGCUGGACAGAGAGGUUGAUAAAGUGAGAGGGCAGCUUGAUGCCAGUCAGCAGAACACAAGAGAGAGGGAUCAUGAGAUUCGUCAACUUCAGUCGACACUGGCUAGUACACAGAAAGAACUAGAGGUUGCUAAGGAGAAGAUUCACAUGCAAAAUGAGAAGAUAUUGGACCUCAGAGCACAAGUCAGGGAGGAACUCGCCAGAAAUGAGAAAGUAGAAAAGAAUUUAGACACAAUCCCACGUCUGAAAGAUAGGAUAGAAACCCAAGAUGAAGAGAUCAAAACAGUAAAGAAACAGCUGGAGGAGAAGACCUACCAAGUACAAUGGUGCAGGAAGAAUGUCAAAGAAACCAAAGAAAAAACAAAGCAAAAUGACUUUGACUAUGUGGAACACGUGAAGCUUGCGAGAGAAGAUGAGGUCAUUAAAAGUGAGAAUGUGACCCUGAAAGGCCUACUGAGAGGGAAAGAUAUCCUCAUAGUACAAAAGUCACAGGAGCUAGAUCUCGCAAGGUCAAUCUUGACAGAACUUGAAAAUGAUGAGGAUGAAGAUUUUGCUUGGCGGGUACAGGAAGUGAAAGAAAGGCGAUGUCGUCUUCAUCCAACUUUUGGAGACAAUAACAAUGGUAAUGAGGGGACCAUCAAUGGUGAUAACACAUCAAUGAAGGAAGUAAAGGUUCAGCAAUAUAGGAAACCCCAACAAAAGGGUGGUAAAUCUGGCAAGAUAGACAUCAACAACCCACCAUUCGCUCUCUCGAACAGCACUUCAGAAAGUAGCGACAACUGGGAGCAUAAUCACAAACAGCAGACGCACAGACAUGAAUCAAAGUUUCUUGAGGAUGUACUCCUCGAUAACAGUGACAAUGAUGAACAGGAUGCAUUCAUGUAUACCAGAAAUCAAAGCUCCCCAAGAGAGAGCACCGAUUACAAUCAAAAUAAAAGGUCGCCUCGUUCUGGAUCUGAGAUCAAACGUCCUAAAACUGCUUUCGCUAGAACAACCCAAUAUAGAACUGAUAGGGACUUCAGGGAGGACAGAAACUUGGGUAAAUCAUACGAUUCUGAUCGGGAUCAUCGCAGGUCAAAAACAGAGCCAAUAAGACGGCCUCAUUCUGUUAACUCUGAUGUUAAAACUGUAAGCAGUUUAAUGACACUUUAUGAUGAAGACACGUUAAAAUCUCAGUUUGUUAACAUGGGGGAUAGAGUGUUAAUUAAGCUCCCCCAGGCCAAGAGCAAGCAGCAGGGUAAGGGAAAGGGGUCCCAGGGUUGUGAAAUGCCCCAGGUGGCAGGGGGCAUAGUGAAAUAUGUGGGAGAGAUGGAUGACAACACAAACAGUCACAGAAUCAGAGUUGGGGUCAAGAUGGAUGAUACUGUUGGUGACACGGAUGGAAUGUUCAAAGGAAAACGUUACUUCUUUGUGCCAAAGGAUCAUGGGAGAAUUGUGAAGAUCUCCAAUGUCAUAUCAGUGUUGGACACCAAGACUGCCAAAUACAAACCCAUGAAGCAAUGUGUGAAGGAACUUCUCUCCGACGCAAUAACUGAUGUACAACCAGCUCAUGAGGACUAACACAAAGAACAUCAGACUUAAUUCACAAAUCAAAAACGUCAAUACAUAUAACUAUUACAGGGGACUGAAUACAGUCUAUCAAGGAAGUCAAGAAAUUGAUUAUGAAGUUUUGAACUAACCAUGCCAAGUCCUAUAGCUUAUUGGAGAACUUUUAUAUCUGAAUAUGAAGUCUGGAACUUCAAAAUAUUAUUUAAGAACUUGUAAAACUAAAAAUAGAAUAUGAAGUUUAGAAGUUAGAAUAUGUAUUGAUUAUGAACUUGUAUUUUAA